GUCUGAGGGACCAUGAACUGGACCCCUGUUCUAAAGGCUGAACUAACUGAAAUGAAAUAGGUUUUUGACACUUGGCAUCUAUACUAUUGUAAGCACCCUUUCCCCCUGAAAAAGCUAAUUGUGCUUUUAUAUUUUUUUUGCAUUUUUUUUUUCUUUUGUCAGUGUUUGGCAUAGCUGUAAUGUUGUGUUUCAGUACCAGUGUUAUAGUGCGAGGGCCUGAAUAUUUGGCAUCAGUACCCACUGCAUAUAAUGUGCUGGUUUUGUAAAUAUAGACUGCAUUUCACUGUAUAUAAUGUGCCUGAGAUGUCAAUACCCACUGCAUUUCUAGCUAUAAAACUAACUAAAACAUAUUUAAGAUAACUAAAAACAAACACAGAUGAAUUGGAGUACCCCUCACAGAAGCGCAGGUAUAUACUUUAACAUCCUAAACAUUUUAGGGUGAAAAAGGUUAUAGUUUAUCUUCUGCAUACAGCCAUAGCAGAUGAUGUAUCUAGGUAUGCAGGGCACUAGGUGUGUGGCACUGCAGUGCAAGACUGUGCAGUGCACUGCACUGAAUAUGUAGUACACCAUGUAUCUAGUGUCAAAGCAUGAAAAACAAGGGUAACAAGUCCGAAUAUACAACACAUGAAGUGUGCUGUUGCCAGAGUAUGCAGUGAACUGCAUUGAGUAUAUGUUAUUGGGUGUGCAAUGUCUGAGGACGCAGCACACCAUAUAUGCAGUGCUAGAGUAUGCUGUUUGAGUGCCCAGUGAGAGUAAGUAGUGCUGGGGUAUGCAAUAUUUAUAGGUAGAUGAUGCAAUGUAUGCAUUGGUAAAAAUAUACAGUAUGCAAUAUUCACUGCACACUUCCAAUGCCUGAGUUUCUGAUGUGAGUAUGCAGUACUAGUGCAACCAUUGCAGUGACAGAUUAUUGCAGUUCAAUUAGUGUGAAGUUCAGUGCAAGCAUUCAGGGCCAGAUUAUCCAGUGCAUGCAUGCAGUGGAAGUUAUGCAGUGCAAGCAUGCAGUGCCAAUGUAUGCCGUGCCAAAGUGUGUCAGGAGCAUGCAUCCAGUGUGCACUAUGCAGGGUGAGCAUCCACUAUCAAUUUGAUUGUAUGCAGUGCACUGAGUAUGUAUAGAUUGGCAAAGUGGGCAUGCAGUGACAGUUAAUCCAGCUCUAUUGUGUGCAGUUCAAGGAAAUGCAGUGGGAGUAUCCAGUGUAUGAAUAUGGGUGCCAGAAAAUGUUGAGAGUAUACACUGCCAGAGUAAGGCGAGACCGCCUUCAGUGUCUAAAAUAUUUGUGCAUGUAAACAAAUGUUCCAGAUAUGACAUGGAAGAGGGACCAUGCAGUUUAUCUAGCAGCAAGAGAUCCUUCCUUUCUGGACUGAACAGUAUAAGUGAAGGUCUGUACCUUGCGAGUGCAAAGGCAGCCAGAAAUCGAACUUUACUUGCCACACAUUGUAUCACUUGCGUUAUAAAUGUCUCUCUAGAAAUUGAUAAAAAUGAAUCUCCUGAACUCGAAUAUGUGCACAUUCCUGUACCAGACACUCCUGACACUUGCCUUUUACAGUAUUUUGAUGACAUAGCAGACAAAAUCCACAAUAUAAAGGUUAGUGGCGGAAGCACACUGCUCCACUGUGUAGCAGGUAUCAGUAGGUCACCUACACUGUGCCUUGCCUACCUGAUGAAAUACCAUAGUCUAUCCCUUCUAGCAGCACAUGCUCGGGUGAAAAUGUGCAGACCUAUCAUCCGGCCCAAUUUAGGCUUUUGGAAACAACUCAUGAGCUAUGAAAUGACCUUGUUUGGGAAGAAUACUAUUACCAUUAUUGACUCACCUGUUGGACCCAUUCCAGACAUUUAUGAGAAAGAAACAAAAAACUUAGUUCCCUUUUAAAAUGCCUUAAAAUAUAGUAUUAGCUAUAGCAGACUAAGCACUUUCAUCAACUUUUUCUACCAGAUGUAAGCACAAAAUAAACCAAAAAAACCCCAGAA